CCCUUCUGGAAUUGCAGCAUCAACAUUUAACGCAUUUCAACCUACAAAAGCUUUUAUGUUUGGCAUGGCUUCUCUCCCCGCCCGACUCAUCCUCCUCCCUCUCUUACUGCUUUUUGGCGCGUGCAACGCCAACCUAAUCCGCGGCGGACAUACGCUGAAAGACCAGAAAGAGUUCGAUUUCUUCACCCUUGCUUUGGCUUGGUCUGGCACCUCCUGUUCCAGCGUUAACGACUGCUGUCCCACCAACGGCUGUUGCAGAUCCGACGUUGCUACUGGGUUCACAAUCAAUGGAUUCUGGCCAGAUUACAAUGAUGGGACUUGGCCCUCCUGCUGUGAUGGUGCCACAUAUGACCAAAAUUCGAUCUCUGUUAUAUCGGGAUUCUUGAACACCUAUUGGCCAGCGUAUAAUUGCAGUUCUCCCCCUGCUUGCGGAGUUUUCAUAGCAUCAAAUUUGGCGUUUGAGUGGGCGACACAUGGAACAUGUGCUUCUCCCGUACUUUCCAAUCAAUAUGAAUACUUCUCGACGGCUCUAAUGCUCUACUUCAAAUACGAUAUUACUGAGAUUCUGUUGAAGGCUGGAUAUGUACCUUCAGACACCGUUAAAUAUCCCCUGGAAGGCAUUACUUCAGCCAUUAAAAAUGCUCUUGGGGUAACCCCAAUUGUGAAAUGCAAUGGCCACAGUCCUAUCAGGGAAAUUCAGAUAUGUUUCGAUAAGACGUUACAGCUUGAAGAAUGCCCAACCUAUGCACCAUCAAAAUGCCCUUCAAAGGUCAAAUUACCAAUAAAGAAUGUAACACAGGUGCCGACAACGUCGAACUACCUUUCAUUCCCCGGUGUGCUCAAUUGGUAGAACGCCAAAUGCAGACUGUCCCUUGAUUUGACUUCUCAAGAUGGUGUAUCUCAAUAAUGCUAUGAGUUGCUCAAAAUCUAUCUAAAACUUAUCCCUUAUCGGGGAUUUUGUAAGCAAACUCUUGUAAUGAAUGUUCUACUAAUAAUAAAUAUGGUCAAGGGUUCAGUUAUCAGCUAA